AGCACAGUGCUGCUUGCUUGGCUGACUCCACAGCGAGCUUCGGAGAGGCUGGUGUCAGACAACAGUGCUUAAAAAGUGCCCCAAAACUCCAGGCCCUAAGAUACACAUGCACACACACACACUCCUCCUAGAAUCCCCCUUCUCCUCCAUCACAGUGCUGUAGAGUCCUGAGUAUGGGGAAACACCUUCUCACCACUGGACACACACUCUUACUCAGUCGACACACACACUCUUCUACUCUUUGAGCAUGUGGAUGCACUCCUACUCACAGAGCGUUUGAUGGUGAGAAGAGCCUUGACACCGUGAAGCGCAUACCGGUACUUCAGUUUCUCCUGAAAUCAGCCCUGGGCCUGGUAGAGAGGAGAGGGAGAGAUCGAGGAGAGAUCUCUCCAUCACCAGAUCUUCAGGAUGAAUAAAACGUGGACGAGUGAGGUGGCUUAGAGCACAAUGUCUUAACGGUACUGUGCCACCGUGUGUAUCGUGGAAGAGGUCGUAGAGCAGAUUCUGGCGAACCCUAACCCCUGACCCCUGUGGUGUGGGGGGUGAGUUCGGGGCAAUGCGCUGCCCCACCCUGCUGGCCCUGCUGGCGGGGGUCAUGCUGUACCUGGUGAUGGGGGCGUUGGUGUUCCGGUACUGGGAAAGCCCCAUGGAGAGCAAGGAGCAUGAGAAGCUGCUCUGCACCACACGUGACUUCCUCGGAAACCACUCAUGUGUCACUGCACAGAACCUCAGCGACCUCAUAAAGAGUGUGGUGAAGGCGGUGGAGGCAGGCCUGGACGUAAAACACAGCUCCACCAACUUCACUAGCAGGUGGGACCUGGCCAGUGCCUUCUUCUUCUGUGGUACCAUCAUCACCACCAUUGGGUUUGGUAACCUUUCUCCCAGGACCAAAUGGGGCCAGCUGUUCUGCGUGUGUUAUGCCCUGGUAGGGAUUCCCAUGUUUGGUUUCCUGCUGGCUGGUGUCGGGGACCACAUGGGGACGGGGCUGAGGAAGGCCGUGUGGAAGAUGGAGACACUCUUCCUGAAGCGGCGGGUCAGUCCCACCUAUGUACGGAUCAUGUCUGCUGUUCUAUCCAUCCUGAUUGGCUGUCUGAUCUUCCUCGCCGUGCCAACGCUGGUUUUUAAGGAAGUGGAGGACUGGUCCUUUCUGGAGGCGCUCUACUUUGUGGUCAUCACCCUCACCACGGUCGGCUUUGGAGACUACGUAGCAGGUGCUAACCGGAGGGAUGGAGAUCUGUUUAAGCCCCUGGUGUGGCUCUGGAUAGUGUUUGGCCUGGCUUACUUUGCCUCCAUACUCACCAUGAUCGGGAACUGGCUGCGGGUGCUGUCCAAGAAAACACGUGCUGAGAUGGAGGAGUUGAGGGCCCAUGCUACAGACUGGACCCAGAACAUCCAGAAUAUGUCCAUGGACUUCCGGAUCCCCAACCCUCUGGACCUCAACGACCCCUUCCUGCUGCAGCGGCGCCGCUGGAAACGCAGCACCCGGCGGCGGGUCCGCAGGGGGGCGCUGGGGCACCACGGCAGGCAGGGCGUCAUAGGGGAGAACGGACAUCUGCCCAAUAGGUGGGUCUCCCACACCCGCUCCAUGACCCGUCUGGAGGUUAGGAAUGAGGGGACGAGGUUAGGACCAGGGGCGGAUUCCAGAGUCAGUGCGAGGUCAGAGGGCAGGUCGUUGGGCCGGACGCUGGCGAGGUCGCUGUCGAUGCCUGCGGCGCGCUCUGUUAUGGAGUUAGAUUAUGUCCGUGAUCCUGUUGCUAUGAUGAUGCUGCAAGGGGAGUCUGCGUUUGAGUCCAAGUCACUGUCCGAGUCUCCAGAGUCUGACUCCAGAUCAGAAGUCUCCUCCUCUGACUCUCACACCUCUGACAUGUGUACACCAGGGCAGGGGAUAACUUUUGCCAGUUUUGACGCCAGUGGGUCUCUCUGUACUGGGGAGAGGGGAAGCCAGGGAGGAUCCAGACAGGUAUUUUUCCAGGAGGAUAUCCGGUUCCCUGUGCCUCUCCAGCAGCUCCCCAAGUCUCACAACCCCACCAAGCCCAUCCCCAUGUCGCCCAUAUUCUCUGUGAAACCCAUGCCGCUCCCCAUGCCGCUCCCCAUGCCGCUCCCCAUGCCGCUCCCCAUGCCCACCCCGCCAGGCUGCAAAAUGCUAGAUUUCUUCGGGGAGAACUUGGCCUACAUUGACGAGUCGUCGGACACGUUGAGUGACAGGAACCAGCCCGUUGAGGGGGCUGUCAGUCCUCGCCCCCGUAAGCCCCGCAGGAGGAGCAUAAGGAGGCAGCUGCCCCACCGGAGCACCCUGAAGGAGAGGGACAGUGACAUGCAGCCCCCCUCCAACCCCCCGACACCUCCCCCUCUUUCCCAUCUCAGAGACUGACAGUGACAUGCAGUCCCCCUCCAACCCCCUCUCUCCCAUCUCAGAGACUGAUGAACAGUCUGACAGGCACAGGUCAUGAAGGGGGAGAGUAAGGCUGGUCUUUAUUACUAGUGUUCACAGGAGAAGCAGACCUCAAAGCUCAGAUGUACUUAUAUUAUGUACUGGGGAUAAAGGCCAACAAUAUACUAGAUCUCACUGACUGAGGACCAUAGUCGCCAUUGAGAUAUAUUUGUAUGAAAAUGAAUGCAUGUAUUCAGCAGCACAGAUAUAGAAUAUAUAAACUGUCUAAGCUCAGUCAAGUAAGACUCACUGGGUUGAGAAAUAGCACCAUCUCCUGGCUGGUAAGUGUAGUACAACUCCUCUGCGAAGGUGUAGCCUGCUGUGCUGUCCGCUACUGGAGCUCAGCCCAAACCUCAGCCAUGGUUUUUAAAUCACUGACUAAAGGACUUUUUUGAAUAACCAUGUUAGAUCUGGCUUCAGACAUCCAUUUCUCUGUAUAUCCCAGUGUUCUUCAGCAUGUGGGAUAUAUAGUGCUCUGGUUGAAUAAGGGCCGUUCCACAACAGGAAUCCCUUUUGGGAAGUGUCAUUUGGUGCAAAACAUUUUACUUUACAUAAUUUUAACCUUCUGUCAUAAAAAGCACAGAGUUCAACUUAAUAAAAAACAUGAUUUUCAAGAGGUUAAAUUAAAAAAAAUACUUUAAGUGCCAAAUAAAGUAACAGGGUUGACCAUUUCAUCUUAAAUAACUAAAUCCUCACUGACUGGAUUAGGUAUGUAUGUUUUUGUGUGCAGCAGGCAGGGGCAAUUGAAUAGAAACUUCCCAAAAAGUUGUAUAGAUAUUUCCACACUAACAUGAUGAUAAUGCCCUUUUAGUGCAAGAGCUGUUUGAAAAUAAAUGUGACAUUUUUGCCUGUUUUGGUGGGAUAGAGUUUUGGCCUGUUUGGUGACAACACCAGUCGGUAAAUUAGUUAAUAGACCAAUAAGAAAGUUCCAAACCUUUCUACCAAUAACGGCUAGUUUUCCCCUCCCCACUCAGACCACUCAGAUAGUCCUAGCAAAAUUCUUGCUAGGACAUUUGCUCUUUGCUAAAAAGCUGUUUGUUGUCAAUCAAAAUGGUCAAAAAGAAACAAUCACAAUAAGGUACGUAAUUGUUACACAGAAAUGAUUUGAUAUUGAGAAAAGCAGCUGCAUUGGGCCUUUUUAAAAUAUCAAAGGGAUUCAAUUCGUGGAAUGACCCAUACAUUUUGUUUUGACAGCAUUCUGUUUCUCGGAAUAUAAAGGGAAGUCCCAUCAAACCUACCCGAGAUGACAUAAUACAUGGAGAGGCUUUGGGGAGACGUGGGGUGGAAGGGAUGUCAGAUCGUACGUGUACAGCACACACACACAGCAAACAAACUACAAAAGCACACACACACUACACAUGCUCUCAAUGUCACUGAGUCAGACACACACACACUCAGACACCCAGAGGAGUGUUAAUGUGAGAUAAGUGCAGGUUGAAUAUAGUAAGGGGUGGUUAGGUGGAAAGGACUAACAGAUGCUGGGGGGGAGCGAGACCUCACUGCAGCAACCCUAACGUCCUCCUCCCCCUACAGAGGCCACACGUCCUUUCCCCAGAAAGGCUGAGGGACUGAGGGAGGAGGAUGAGAGGAUUCAUGGAAGCCCAGUUUGGUUACUUUUUCAAACUCAAUGUCCAACUCUCUAGGCAUUAUCUUAUUUUCAUCACCUUUCUGUGUUUGGCACAUAAAACGGACCGACUUGGUGGCCCGACAGCCGACCUACUCUGUUUCUCACUAGGUUCAGUGUCAACCGCUCAAAUAUAAGUUGAGCCUCAGGGUGGACUUAUUUUGAGUUGAGCCCUCUUAUCAAAAAUGAUUAAUGUGGCCAAACUUCGAAGACUGGAUCAAUGUUAACACGCUCUAACAUAUUGUACAUGCAACUGCAAUCAAGUAAGACGUAAAUGUACUUGGCAGAUAAGUGUGGUUAUAGCUGUGAAAAGCCCAAUUACGACAGACCUGAUUGUUACAAAUUUGCUAAGGCUGCAAAAUAGCUAUCCCCGCCCAAAGCUGAUGUGUUCCAAAUUGAGCCUAUGAGCCCCCGUCUCUACCUUCAAAGCCUCUUUCUGUUUUAUUCCCUCUCUCCUCUGCUCCCUCCACAAAUGGGUUUAAAUUUGGCGUGAGUGGUCGCUGUCUGGAAAUCUUUCUCAUCCUGUUUACAGCGGCAGAUGUCAGCCCUCGACCGCAGAGCUGGCUGGAGGCCCCUACUGCCUGGACACACAACCUCACACUCUACCCUACUUUCCUUUCACUUUCCCUCUCUCCUCUUUCUCUCAGCCUCCUCUCUCAGCCUCUCUUCACCUCCCUCCCAGACCCUUCUCUCCCUCUGCUUCUCUUUC